UUGAAUUGGAAGGAGCAUAUACAAAAAAAAGUUUCAGAAUUAAAACUAAAAUACCACAAAAUAAACUGGUUAAUCGGCAAGAAAUCACCCUUAACAACAUCAAAUAAACUCCUAGUCUACAACCAAACUUUGAAACCUAUUUGGACAUAUGGAAUUCAACUAUGGGGAUGCGCUGCCCCGUUAUACAUCGAAGCGGUUCAAAGAUUCCAAAACAAAGUUCUGCGAAAAAUGGUAAAUGCGCCGUGGUACAUACGAAAUUCGGAUCUGCACUGCGAUCUUCAUUUAAAAAUGGUUCGGGAAGUCAUUCGCGAAACAGCAUCGAAACAUGCAGAAAGGUUACAAAAUCAUAUAAACAGUGAAGCCCGACAACUAGGAGAGGCUAGAAAUAGCAGGCGCAGACUGAAAAGAACAACGUUUCAUGAUCUAUUACGAAUCUAAGAAAAUAACAAAUAUCAUUAUAUUUAGUUAUAAAAUUUAGUUUAAAAAAGAAAAGCUUGUUAUUACAGCUUUUAUUGUUUUGCUUCAUACAUUGCGAAAAAUAUUGCUUGUUAGUUUAAAUUUAUCACUAGUUGCAAUUUCAAUGAAAUGUAGACCCCUUAUUUAUUACGUUUCAAUAAAAAAAAAAAAAAAAAAAAUCUUUCAACGCAAAAGCUGGUUACAAAAAGACAAGCUUUGUCUGAUUUAGCGCGAAUUUUCGACCCAAUGGGAUGGCUUUCACCAACAACCGUUAUACCAAAGUUAUUUAUACAGAAACUUUGGCUGAUGAAACUCAACUGGGACGAGUUACUUGACGAGAAUUUAACAAAAGAAUGGCAAGAGUUUAUGCAGCAUAUAACAGAGAUAAAACGAAUAAAAAUUCCUAGAUGGUUUGAAACUAAAAACAACUUUAAAUUUGAACUACAUGGAUUCGCAGAUGCUUCAGAGAAAGCUUAUGCAGCAGUUGUAUAUGCUAAAGUUGGAUCAGUUAUAACAAUUGUUGCUGGUAAAACUAAAGUGAAUCCAAUUAAAAAUAAGAUAACGUUACCAAAACUGGAACUAUGCGCGGCUCACCUACUUGCUAAAUUGCUGCAAAGGAUAUAACAGUCAUCAACAGAGAAAUGAAAAUAUUUGCUUGGAGCGAUUCAACUAUAACGUUAGCAUGGAUAAAUAAUUGCCAAAGUAAAGACAGAUUUAUUAGAACACGAAUAGAAGAAAUCAAAUUACUUGUUUCCAAUGCGAAAUGGCAACACGUUGGAACAAAGGACAAUCCAGCUGAUGUAGCAACCAGAGGGGUACUGGCGAACAAACUAAUAGAACACGAUCUAUGGUGGAAGGGACCAAAAUGGUUGCGAGAAGAGGAACAUCAUUGGCCAAUAAAGAAGAUUAUUCAAAUCGAUGCAACGUAUGUGACAACCUCAGAGGAAUUACAUUUCUUGGAUAAGGUAAUACUUAAAUAUUCUAGUUUAAGCAAAUUAAUAAGGGUAGUAGCUUAUAUUUUGCGAUUUGUAAAAAGAAUAAGAGGGAAAAAAUGCCCUGAAUACUUAGUUAAAUCUGAAAUGAAGGAAGCUGAAGAAAUGUUAAUAAGAUAUCAGCAAAAAUUACAAUUUAGAGAGGACAUUCAGAGUUUAGAAAUAAAAAAGAAAUUAAUCAUAAAAGUAGCAUUGCAAGCUUAAAUCCAAUUUUGGAUAAUAAGGGAAUCCUUCGUGUAGGAGGUAGAUUGGGUAAUUCAAAUCGUCAAUUUAAUCAAAAGCACCCAAUAAUAUUAAAUAAGUCACAUUUGUCAUCAUUGAUAAUUGAAAAUAUUCAUAAAAUAACUUUACAUGGAGGAAACAGGUUAAUGGAAUCAAUGAUUAGAAGGAAUUACUGGAUUGUUGGAUUGAAGAAUUCUAUAAAAAAGACAAUUCGAACUUGUAUGUAGUAGAUGCGUACGUUACCGCAAAGAAGUAGCAAAACAAUUAAUGGGAAAUCUUCCAGAAUUCCGAGUAUCUAUGUCAAUUCCAUUUACACACGUUGGUAUAGACUCUGCAGGACCGAUUCAUAUGUAAUGUUCAAAAGGACGAGGACAAAAAACAUUAAAGCUAUUCAUUUAGAAGCAGUAAGUGAUUUAACAACCGAAGCGUUCCUAGCUGCUUUGAAAAGAUUUUUUGCUAGAAGAGGUAAAAGUCAACAUAUAUAUUCGGACAAUGGAACAAAUUUUGUCGGAGCUUAUAGAAGAUUAGACCGAGAUUUUAAAAUGGCAAUCAAAAAUAAUUCAGCCGUAGCUCCCAUAUUAGAAGCAGAUAAAAUUCAAUGGCAUUUCGGGCCCCCGGCAGCUCCUCACUUCGGAGGAAUUUGGGAGGCAGGAGUGAAGUCGGUGAAAUAUCAUUUAAAAAGAGUGAUAGGCGAAACUAAAUUGACAUUUGAAGAAAUGAUUACUUUGCUAUCACAGAUUGAAGCAGUACUGAAUUCACGACCUUUAUGUGCGAUAGAUAGUGAAAGCGAUAUAGGCGUUUUAACGCCUGGCCAUUUUUUAAUAGGAUGUCCAAUAAUAGAUUGUCCUGAAGCAAUUAAUGAUAACCAAAUAGGUUCAUUAGAUAGAUGGAAAUUAAUACAAAAACUUAAAAAAGACUUUUGGAAACGAUGGGAAAGCGAAUAUGUUGUAAUGUUGCAACAACGCAUGAAGUGGAAAACCAAACAAGCUAAUCUCGUACAAGGACAAAUAGUUAUUAUUAAAGAUGAAGAAACUCAGCCAGCCAAAUGGCCAUUAGGAAGAAUUAUUGAAACUCAUCCGGGAAUGGAUGGAAAUAUAAGAGUUGUAACUCUAAAAUUACAAAAUGGCAUACUUAAACGGCCCGUUCACAAAUUAUGCCCACUGGAGGUAACAAACAGCAGUAGAGCAGAGGAAGCAAAUCAUGUGACAAGUUUGCUGACUUUGAGAAUAACAAAAAAUACUGCAACUUCAGAACGACCGAGUAAAUCAAGCAAAUUGAUGAUGUGGUUCUUAACGAUACUCAUGCUAGCAACACAAACUAAGUCAUUAUACAUUAAUGAUACAUCUAAAUCAGGAGCUUCAGUGACUAAAUAAAAUAAAAAAAAAUACAGCAAUAAUACAAUAAUCUUCUUCUUCUUCUUUACUGGCGUAGACACCGCUUACGCGAUUAUAGCCGAGUCAACAACAGCGCGCCAGUCGUUUCUUCUCUUCGCUACGUGGCGCCAAUUGGAUAUUCCAAGCGAGGCCAGGUCCUUCUCCACUUGGUCCUUCCACCAGAGUGGAGGUCUU